AUGACCGCGUCCCUCAAUAUCGAAUUGAGACAAUGCAUAAGUAGAGUGGUUACAUGGAGUAACCAAUUCACGGGUCGUUACUAUCGUGUGAACUAUGAUGUAGAAAAUUGGGAACUGUUGAUGAGAGAGCUGAACAAGGGAAACAAUACAAAAAUACACGUGCUGAAUCGUGCGCAGAUGAUCGACGACGCGUUGAACUUAGCUCGUAUUGACAGUUUGAAAUACACGGUAGCGUUGAAUGUUACCCUUUAUUUAACGCACGAAGCCGAUUACAUGCCCUGGCAACCAGCGUUCAGGCACUUGAGCUUCCUGAGGAACUUGUUACGCACCUCCGAAAAAUAUCACACUUUCAUGAUGAAUGCAUUUUUGCUGGAUAAAAAACUAUUAGAAUGGCUGGAGAAAGCCAUCAAACAUGCGGCAACGAACAUGCUAUGGAUUAAGAAGUACAAGUCAACUGUAGAUAAAUGGUUGGACGAUAACAGUGAUCAAUUACAAUAUAAACUAGGAAUCGGCGGUGCAUGUUGGAUAGUGAACGUGGCCAGCGAAUCUAAAAUGACCAGAACCUUCGUAACGUUUCUCCUCGUCUUGGGAGUUUGCCAGGCGAGUUUCGUGCUCGGAAAUACCGACGAAGACCAAGUGGACUUAAGUUACCGGCUGCCGUCCGGCGUAGUGAUACCGACCAAAUACAAAUUACACUUCAAGCCUGAUGUGGUAAAAUUCACAUUUGAGGGUGAAGUAGACAUCACGUUAAUAGCGCUGACCACGAACAAUAUCUUGACGUUGAAUUCAAAGUACUUGUCAAUCUACAACGUUAAAUUCGUGGAUUUGAAUACAACGAAGACUCUGGAGAAUGAGUACCUAAUGGACGAAGAACACGAGAUCCUGAACAUUACGAUAAAACCCCAGUUUGAAAAGGAUCAUCACUACUCGCUUCAGAUAAAAUACAAUGGAAUCUUGAACGACAAGUCGAAAGGAUUUUAUAGGAGCCAAGUCAUACAAAGGGGCCAAGUAGUCGGGUAUAUCGCAACGACUUAUUUCGAGCCGACGUACGCUCGACUAGCGUUCCCAUGUUGGGACGAGCCCGCCUACAAGGCGAAGUUCGACAUCAGUUUGACGCACGAUAAGACACUUCAAGCGAUCUCUAAUACGGACGUACUGAAAAAAGAAGAAAAAGAUGACAUGAUAACUACUUCGUUCAAAGAAACCCGACUGAUGUCUACUUAUUUGGUAGCAUUCGUUGUAAGCAAUUAUGAAUUUAAGGUAGAUAAAGACGGCAACUUCACCUAUAGGGUAUGGACGAGGAAAACAAUGAUAAAGCAUGUUGACUACGCUUUGGAAAUGGGUAGGGAGCUUCUAGAAGAGCUGAAUUUGUACAUGAAUAUUUCGUACCAGACAUAUAUGCCAGACAAAUUAGAUCAAAUUGCGGAGAAGGAUUUCCCGGUCGGCGCUAUGGAGAAUUGGGGUUUCGUGAUUUUCAGAGAAGGUACUCUCCUUUACGACAAGGCUUUAUCCACAACCCGCACGAAGAUGAGAAUACUCAUGAUCAUCGCUCACGAACUCAUUCAUCAAUGGUUCGGUGAUUUGGUCACUCCGAAAUGGUGGAAAUAUAUUUGGCUGAACGAGGGAUUUGCCAACUAUUUCCAAUACUUCAUUACUCACGAAAAUAAGGACGUAAUCACCCCUAAACAAAUCGAUGAUCUCUUCGAUGGCAUCGCCUACCAGAAAGGUAAUGUGGAUUCGAAUGACCUUUUCGGAUCCCUCCAGAAAGCUUUGGAUGAGAGUGGGAUUAAAUGGAAUCAACCCGUGCAAGUUGUAAUGCAUAACUGGGUGGAAUGUUCGGGAUAUCCAACGUUGAUAGUUAAGAGAGUCGAUAGGGGCUACGAAUUGACACAGGAACGUUUCGUGAUCGAGCUGAUGAUGAAAGUCAAGUACCCUACCAAGUGGUGGAUACCAAUCACUUAUGUCGAGGAAUCGAAUCCAGAUUUCAAUAACACGACUCCCAUCGAUUGGUUUUUUCCGGGCGGUGAGUCACAUACCGUGCUGUCUAAGGAAGAAACAGGAUGGUUCGUUUUUAACACGCAGCAAACAG